AUGAAUGGAGAAACUCUGCCGGAAAAAUGGUGGGAGCAACUGGACUCUGAGUCUGAGCGCUCUAAAAAAAGUUUGAAGAAAUACACGCUGUGGGAUCUUUUUAAGACCCCAAUACUGAGGAGACGUGCACUUGUGGCGUUCUACCUAUGGCCGGUAGUCUCAAUGGUGUAUUACGGUAUGGCCCUGAAACCGAAUGCUCUCGGGGGUGACAUCUACAUUAAUUUCAUAUUCGCAGCACUUGUCGAAAUACCUGCUUUGGUCAUUGUGUACUUGCUGAUUGACAGGAUUGGUCGCCGUAUUGUCCUCAGUGGAGGAUACUUCCUUGCCGGAUUAUGUUUGUUGAUGAACUAUUUUAUGGGCGAUAGUGCUACGCCGAUGAUUGCGAUUAUCCAGAUGAUGGUGACGAAAGGUGCUAUCACUGGCGUGUAUGCUUCCAUCUACACUUACUCACCAGAACUCUUCCCAACAGUAAUGCGAAACACUGCGAUGGGCUGUUGUAGUACAAUCGCCCGUAUUGGAGCGAUAUCGGCAAGCUACAUCAGUCUAUGGGUCGUGGAAGCGUUUGGCAAAGUGUACAUGGUUGUGCCGUUCGCAAUAAUGGCGAUAUCGGCUGGUAUACUGACUCUGAGUUUCUUGCCUGAAACGAUGGGUCAACCCUUGCCUGAAACGAUUGAAGAAGUCGAAGGUAUAGAAACGGAAAGUGAACCACAGGAGUUGCAGCCACUCCAGGCAAAGGAACCGGCCGAAAAUGAACAGUCUGAGCCUACAAAGGAAGACUAG